AUGCACUCCUCCUUUGUGCGCGUCCAAAACGUCUUUGGCUUCUUCACCACCGUCGCCUGUGUCUUCGCCGCCUUCAUCGCCGCCACCGACCUCUUCGCCGCCCGGACACCCACCGGCACCAUUACGCCGCACAACAUUCAAGUCGUCAAGGGCCGGCCGCAUUACUACAGCUCCAAGAAGGAGGAGUACGCCAUCAUCAAGUUCUCCCUCGACGCAGACCUCUCCUCGCUCUUCACAUGGAACACGAAGCAAGUGUUUGUCUACGUCACGGCUGACUGGCCCACGGCGCCCGGCCAAAACUCGUCAAACUCGGCCGUCAUCUGGGACUCCAUCAUCACCAACCCGAGCGCCGACCACCUCAAGAACAUUGGGCCCAUUGCCAUGAAGAAGCUCAAGAGAAGCUCCGAGGGCAAGACAAUUGAUCCCAGCAGGGGCAUCCUCAGGGUCAAAAACCAAAAGCCAAAGUACCAAAUUACCCACCCCGGCGGCAAGAUUGCCCAGAGCCAAGACGUCACGCUCAAGCUGCACUACAACGUCCAACCAUGGGUCGGACUCCUCACCUGGAACAUGGACAAGGAUCUGGGCUUCUGGAAGGUCAUCAACGGUGGCUCGAGCAACAAGUUUGAUCUUCCCGCUAUCAAGUCAAAGGACAGCAAGACCAAGAGCAAGGGCACAUAG